GGGGCGGGGCCUAGGGCGGGGCGUGCGCGGGCUCCGUUUUGGGCCGCGGCGGGAGCCGGAGUCGCCGCCACUCAAGUGCGCAGGCGCCUGGCGGUUACCGGUCUCGCCAUGGAGCGGAAAGUGCUUGCGCUCCAGGCCCGAAAGAAAAGGACCAAGGCCAAGAAGGACAAAGCCCAAAGGAAAUCUGAAACUCAGCACCGAGGUUCUGCUCCCCACUCUGAGAGUGACCUACCAGAGCAGGAAGAGGAGAUUCUGGGAUCCGAUGAUGACGAGCAGGAAGAUCCCAAUGAUUACUGUAAAGGAGGUUAUCAUCUUGUGAAAAUUGGCGAUCUAUUCAAUGGGAGAUACCAUGUGAUUCGAAAGCUGGGCUGGGGUCACUUUUCUACAGUGUGGUUAUCAUGGGAUAUUCAGGGGAAGAAGUUUGUGGCAAUGAAAGUUGUUAAAAGUGCUGAACAUUAUACUGAAACGGCACUAGAUGAAAUCCGGUUGCUGAAAUCAGUUCGCAAUUCAGACCCUAAUGAUCCCAACAGAGAAAUGGUUGUUCAGCUACUAGAUGACUUUAAAAUAUCAGGAGUUAAUGGAACUCAUAUCUGCAUGGUGUUUGAAGUUUUAGGGCAUCAUCUGCUCAAGUGGAUCAUCAAGUCCAACUAUCAGGGGCUUCCACUGCCUUGUGUCAAAAAAAUUAUUCAGCAAGUGUUACAGGGCCUGGAUUAUUUACACACCAAGUGCCGUAUCAUCCACACUGACAUUAAACCAGAGAACAUCUUGUUGUCAGUGAACGAGCACUACAUUCGGAGACUGGCUGCAGAAGCAACAGAGUGGCAGCGAUCUGGAGCGCCACCACCUUCCGGGUCAGCAGUCAGUACUGCUCCCCAACCUAAACCAGCUGACAAAAUGUCAAAGAAUAAGAAGAAGAAAUUGAAGAAGAAGCAGAAGCGCCAGGCAGAAUUACUAGAGAAGCGAAUGCAGGAAAUUGAGGAAAUGGAGAAAGAGUCGGGCCCUGGGCAAAAAAGACCUAACAAGCAAGAAGAAUCAGAGAGUCCUGUUGAAAGACCCUUGAAAGAGAACCCACCUAAUAAAAUGACCCAAGAAAAACUUGAAGAGUCAAGUACCAUUGGCCAGGAUCAAACACUUAUGGAACGUGGUGUAGAGGGUGGUGCAGCAGAAAUUAAUUGCAAUGGAGUAAUUGAAAUCAUUAAUUAUACUGAGAACAGUAAUAAAGAAACAUUGAGGCUUAAAGAGGAUCUGCAUAAUGCUAAUGACUGUGAUGUCCAAAAUUUGAAGCAGGAACCUAGUUUCCUAAGCUCCCAAAAUGGAGACAGCAGCACAUCUCAAGAAACAGACUCUUGUACACCUGUAGCCUCUGAGGUGUCAGAUACCAUGCUUUGCCAGUCUUCUUCAACUGUAGAUCAGUCAUUCAAUGAACAGGACAUCAGCCAACUGCAAGAAAGUAUUCGGGCAGAGAUACCCUGUGAUGAUGAACAUGAUGAGCAAGAGCAAGAACAUAAUGGACCACUGGACAACAAAGGAAAAUAUGCUGCUGGGAAUUUUCUUGUUAAUCCCCUUGAGCCAAAAAAUGCAGAAAAGCUCAAAGUGAAGAUUGCUGAUCUUGGAAAUGCCUGUUGGGUGCACAAACAUUUCACCGAAGACAUUCAAACAAGGCAAUAUCGCUCCCUGGAAGUUCUAAUAGGAUCUGGAUAUAAUACCCCUGCUGACAUUUGGAGCACGGCAUGCAUGGCCUUUGAACUGGCCACGGGUGACUAUUUGUUUGAGCCCCACUCAGGGGAAGAAUAUACUCGAGAUGAAGAUCACAUUGCGUUGAUCAUAGAACUUCUGGGGAAGGUACCACGCAAGCUCAUUGUGGCAGGAAAAUAUUCCAAGGAAUUUUUCACCAAAAAAGGUGACCUGAAACACAUCACGAAGCUGAAGCCCUGGGGCCUUUUUGAGGUUCUGGUGGAGAAGUAUGAGUGGUCUCAGGAGGAGGCAGCUGGCUUCACGGAUUUCUUACUGCCCAUGCUGGAGCUGAUCCCCGAGAAGAGAGCCACCGCCGCGGAGUGUCUGCGGCAUCCGUGGCUCAACUCCUAAGCCCUGGCCAGCACUGCAGCAGCCAUCACCGCACUGCCCCCGCCCCUCCCUCCAGGCAUCUCUCGCUUCCCUUCUCAGGGUGAAGCUCUUCAGGGGAUUCUAGAUUUUUUUUUUUUUAAUCCACAUGUUCAUUUGGGUUUGCUUAGUUGACCCUGUGGAGGUCCCCAUACCCGUUGGGCAUCCUAGGUGAAUUUGGCCUUGGUUGGGCUCUGCCAAAGACUAACGGACUGAAAUGUGAAACAACCUCUCGCCCUGUACCCUCACCUCCUCUAGGAAUAAGCAUUUUUUCAAAGGGCCAUGAAGAUGUGUGAGCCCACCCUUUAUUCUCUGACUCUAGAGUCACAUUUCCUAGCACACAUCCUAUUGCCAGCAUAGCGACAAGGAGGGGAAGGGUGUGCGCUCUGUAUAGCAGAGACAUUAAACUUGCUGGAUCCAGGCUGCAUGGUCUUCCUGGAUUGUUCUGUUGUUCCCCACGUUCACAUUUUUUCCUGCAACUUCCAAGUUCCAACUCCACUUCCUUUUGAAUGAGCUAUGUAAACAUUGAAUUUAGGUACCAUUGUAUCACUGUUCAAAGCACUGUCAGAUUCCUUUCAUCCUUUAAUAACUAAGAUCUUUGAAUCUUCAGUCUGAUUUUUAAUAUAAAUGAAACGGAACCAUUGACUAGUAAUUUCUUAGGCCCUCAGGUGUUCUGCAAACAGUCCUCUCCUAUGUGUCGUCUGCUACCCUAAGAGCAGAGUUGGUUUUGAUUGGCUACUUUGUUUCUUUUCUUUUUUUUUUUUUUUUAAUCAUCUCUGGCUAACUUUACUCAGUGCCCUUGAGUUUAAUGCCCUACAACUAAAGAAUCAGGAUGACUCUGGAAAGGAGAUCUGGUCUCAGAUCUUUCCCACACAGUCCUGUGCUUGUUUUUGGUUUUUGUUUUAUUUGGUUUGUUCCCAAACAGCUUUUUCUUUCUUUGCCUUGCCUGAGAUUCUGGCCUUGAAGCAGUUUCUCUCUGUGGCUCUGCCUUUCUCCUUUUCUCAGCGGCAUGAGGUCUUUAAUGAAAACCAGUUUAAAAGAACCAUGGGGGAGGGGUAGGAUGGCACUUUUGUUGGCUUUUCUUCCUCUUAGUUUUUAAGGUUAGCCAUUCUCUGCUGCUAUUUCUUUGUAUAAUGUAAGUUUGUAACCACAAUUUUGAGAUAAUUAAGAUGUACUUCAGGCCUUUUUUUUUUUUUUUUUUUUUUUAAUGAGAAGAGGCUUUUAGAAUUUGAUUUUAGGGUUGGCUUCUCCUAGACUUGCCCUAGACGUUACAUAUUCCUCAAGUAAUAUGAGAAGCAAAAGAGGGGGCAAAACUGGGGUCACAGCCGCUUACUCAGCACGGACCAAAUGGGCCUUGGAUUACAGCAUCCUCUGGAAGCGGCUAUUGGACUAAUUUCCGGAAAGCCAAGGGGGUGCAACUUGAAGCUCUGCCAGCAAGCUACCAGGGAGAAAAUUGGAUAGCCAUCUUUCCGUGUGAGAGCCUGGGAUCGUUUCUGACAUUAUCUACCAGGAAAAAGUGGUGGCAUUGUGCCAUCCACUUAACUCAAAAACAUUACUGCAAGUAACUGGUCAGCCAUGUGUUGGAUCCUUGACUGGAUACUCCUGAAAUCAGAUAUGUUCCUGUAGAAAGAAUUUAAGUCAGACUGUAUGCACCAAUCAAGAAUAAAGAGAGUAGAUUACAUCAAACAACGGCAGGGAAAUCCUUCAGCAAUCCCAAUCCACUUUGGGUGUUCAGCUAUAUUUACAUCUAGAGCAAUAGCAGACUAGCACUGAAUUCUUUUCUACAUUGUAAAGUCACAGUUGUGGACAACAGGAAUUCUGGUGAGGCUAUAAAGGUGAGAUAAUAACACAUAAACAGACUGAAGGCCUCAUUUUAACAAUUGACAGGAAACUCUAAUAGGAGAGAAAACCUAUAGCUUCAUUUUGGAAAUAAGGGCUUUUUUCUCCUGUCAUUUAAGCAGCCAAGUGAAUUAGAAGAUUCAGAAAGAGGCAGCUGUAGAACUUGAUCUCCUGAGUACCCCGUGUACCUGUACUGAGCUUAACCACAUGCUGUCAAGUUGCCAAGAUCUUACUAAAGGAUUUCUAUUUGCUGUUAAAAAUAAAACCCUGAAUACAUUUUUAUUCUUU